GAUGGGGAAGACAGGAAAAUGGCUUAGAAACUUUUUGACAGGGAAGAAAGACAAAGAAAAAGAGAAGGAAAAAUGUGCAACCAACCUGAGUUUGUUAAAUGGCACAGAUAAUCCAACUACUCCAAUUUCAGCAACCCAGAAGGAGAAAAGAAGAUGGAGUUUCCGAAGAUCAUCAGCUUCAGCAACAGCUUCCAAGGAAUUGAAUUUUGCAGAACCGAGUGUGACUGCUUCAGUGACAGUGCAAACUGCCACAGAUGCUGAGAAUGAUAAAAGGAAGCAUGCCAUGACUGUUUUCAAUGUAACUACUACAAGUAUUGAAGAGGCUUCUGCCAUUAGAAUUCAAUCUGUGUUUAGGUCCUACUUGGCAAGAAAGGCACUGUGUGCUCUUAGAGGAAUAGUAAAGUUGCAGGCACUAGUAAGGGGUCGCUUGGUGAGAAAACAGGCCACUGAGACACUAAGAUGCAUGCAGGCUUUGGUCAUAGCACAAGCUAGAGCUCGCGCUCAGAAGGCUCGAAUGGUAUCAGAAGGAAAACACAAUCAAAAGCAAUCACCCUACAGAAAAACCACCGAGGACAAUUUAUUCAUGAAUAUCUACAAUGAAAUGGACAGAGGAUUAGAAGAGAAUACCAAGAUUGUGGAAAUAGAUGUUUGUGAAUCCGAUGGUAACUCAAGAGGCAGAAACAACACUGCAAAUUAUGGACAUUGUGAAUUGUCUGAGCAUAGAUUUUCUACAUAUUAUUCAUCAAAUGGUUCAUAUUCAAAGGAAGAAAACCACAAGGUAUCACCUGCACCAUCAGCAUUGACAGAGUUGAGUCCAAGAGCAUGUAGUGGGCAUUUUGAGGAUUGUUCCUUCAGCACAGCACAAAGCACUCCUCAUUACUAUUCUGAUGUGUCAAGAGUAGAGGAUUCAAAGCUUCCUUUUGCUUUCCCUAGACCAUCCUAUGCAGAAUCCAUGUCCUAUGACUACCCUUUAUUCCCAAACUACAUGGCUAACACAGAAUCUUCAAGGGCCAAAGUUAGAUCACAUAGUGCACCAAAGCAAAGGCCAGACUCAUAUGAGAGGCAACCGAGCAGGAGAAGAGUUUCAGUGGGAGAAAGAAAUGUUCCAAGGCCAGUGAGGAUGCAAAGGUCAUCUUCACAUGUAGGUGUCACUACCCAAAACUAUCAAUAUCCAUGGUCAAUAAAGCUUGACAGGUCCUCAGUUUCACUCAGAGACAGUGAGUGUGGCUCUACAAGUACAGUGCUCACAAACUCUAAUUACUGCGGAUCACUUGCUUCAUAUGAUGUGAGUACUUACCAUUCUCAUAUUGACAUGCUUUUACCAUACAGCUGA